ACCAGUGUAGCACUCCAGCGGAAAUAUAAGGAACUAGCUUUAUACAAGGUUCAAGAUGGCGGUAUUGCCGUCUCCGACUUUAGUCGCCGGGCAGAACUAUGCAAUCUUUGAGGCUUGGUAUCGACAUGUGGACCCCAAAAACCUUGGAAGUAUUGGUGCACUAGAUGCUGCUAACUUUCUGAAGAAAUCUGGAUUACACACUUCUGUGUUGGGAAAGAUCUGGGACCUGUCUGAUCCUCAAGGUAGAGGCUAUCUCGACCAAAAUGGGUUUUUUACUGCAUUGAAGCUAGUAGCCCUAGCACAGAAUGGAAUAGAAGUUAGUAUGAACAACAUAUCAAGAGAAACUACACCACCAGAAAUGGGUGAACAACCUCCAGCUAUCAUACAAAAUAUGGUGGCUUCCCCCCUACAGGGAUCCUUUUCUUUGACUUCACCAACUGGAAGCCAGCCCAAAUCCUUUAAUUGGGUUGUCACUGCCACAGACAGAGCAAAAUAUGAUGCACUGUUUGAUUCUCUAAAUCCUGUGAAUGGGAAGCUACCUGGAUUCAAGGUGAAAGAGGUGUUGGUCAACUCUACUUUGCCGAUGGAAAGUCUUGGGAAAAUUUGGGACCUGUCCGAUAUGGACCAUGACGGAGCGCUCGACAGGAAUGAAUUCACUGUGGCGAUGCAUUUAGUUUACAAAGUUUUAGACAACUACCCUUUGCCUGUAAGUUUACCACCUGAAAUGCUCCCAUCGAGUCCAGAAUCGACUGCACGCCGUGGAUCAACACUUUCGGGAGCGGUCAUCGUUCUUCCGCCAGCAGUUUCAUCUCCAGAAAACCUAAAAGAGAUUGCAUCUAAUGGCCCUUCAGUAGCGUGGGUUGUAAGCGAUGCAGACAAAACCAAAUACGGCGCUUUGUUUUUACAAGCGGAUAUGGAUCGCGAUGGUUAUGUGUCCGGAUUGGAAAUCAAAGAUGUUUUCUUGCAAUCACGUCUACCGCAACCCGUUUUAGCCCAUAUUUGGGGGCUGUGUGAUGUUGGACAGACCGGCAAAUUGAACAAUGAACAGUUUGCUCUUGCCAUGUGGCUGGUGCAGCAGAAAGUCCAAGGAAGAGAGUUGCCAACCGUGCUAACUCCUGAGAUGAUGCCUCCCUCUCUCCGCGCUCAAGACACGAACGUGGAAGAAUCGACUCAUUCGGCUGAACUCGAGCAAAUCGCCAAAGAAAUUGAAAGUCUUAUUCGAGAGAAGCGUCAACUGGAAACAGAUGUGGCACAAAAAGAGGCCGACAUCCGAAUCAGGAACGGCGAAGUUCGGAACCUUCAGAGCGAGCUUGACACUUUAUCGGCUACUUUAAAGCAACUAGAAGUUCAAAAGAAGGAAGCACAAAAAAGACUGGACGACCUUGAUGCACAGCGUUCGGCUUUGGAACAAGAUUUAAAAGGAGUAGAACGACAAAUUGAAGAGCAUGAAAAACAGGUUCGUACAUUCCGAACUCAAGCCGAAGAGCAAGAAAAUACGCUCCGAACGCAGGAGGCAGAGGUUGCAGCCAAAAAGCAGGAGCUUAACAACUUACGUUCUGAAGAACUUCAAAUGGAACAGCGGAUGCAAGCGGCCACACUCCAACUUGAGAAGCUCCAAACUACGCUGGAAGAUAGUCAUUUGCAGAUUAGUCAAAUUCAAUCGCGCAUGGUGGUGUUGCAAGAACAUCAGCGUCAAGUAGAUGAGGCCUUAGCGGCCUAUGAUGAAGCCUUAGAAACUGGAGAUCCUUCUCAGUUGGGAGAUAAUGUCCUCCGCCCCAUUUCCUCUGUCGCUUCCGAUUCUGAUAUGCUAUCUUCGCCAAACUCUGACCGCAACAAAGUGAACGGAGGAGCGUCGCAUUUUAACGAUGGAGCAUUUGGCAGUGAUCCAUUUUCUAGUCUGAACGGUCAAAGCCGUGGGUUUUCGGAUUCGUCCAAUGGGGAUCCUUUCAAGGAGUCUGAUUUUUUCAAGAAGACAUCUCAGACUUCUUCUGCCGAUCCUUUUGGCGCUAAAGAUCCAUUCGCAUCAGCCUUUGGGGCACCGGCAAAACCAACGAAUGACCCAUUCGCAUCCGCGUUCGGCCAAGCAAAAAGCGAACCGUUCGACGCCUUCGGUCGUAGCAAAUCGCCAAACGCGGGUGCCGAUCCAUUCGGAAGUGACCCGUUUAACGCGCCUAACUCUCCCCUGCCCGCCGGUCGGGUGGAAAGUCCGACUCCGGCGUUGCCUCCCAAAAAGUCUAAACAACCACCUCCUCGUCCAGCUCCACCCAAAGCUGUGGCUAGUGGCGUGAAAGGUCCCCAACGCCCGGCACCGCCGAUUGGAGCCACGAAAUCACCGGAUCCUUUCGCUCCAAUGAAUGAUCCAUUUAGCUCGGCUAGCGCCGCCAAAGAUCCUUUUGGUGGGUCGGGUUUCGCUGAUUUUGCGAGCUUUGAAUCCAAGUUUACGGUCUCUUCAACCGGCGAGGGCUUUGAUGCAUGGGGAAGCACCAACAGUAGCAGCACAAAACCCACCAGCGAGUCACAGCAGCACCGGUAUGCCGAGUUGGAGUUCACAGAAGACCCUUUCAAAGAUGUCGGCUUUGGCGAUCCGUUUGCAUCACACACAGACGAUCCUUUUGCUGUUCCUACGAUCAACAAUAGCGCAAUAAAGAUCAAAAAGGACUCGGACAAUUUUGAUCCGUUCUCCACUGAGAACGAUCCGUUUGCAUCUUCCGCCUCUCCGUGUAAAACGACAUUAGAAUUCGACAGCCCGUUUGGCUCUUCAGCGUGGAAUGAUCGGCCUGAUCCGUUCGCUGCCGCCACAGCUGCCGAUAACAACAACAAGUCACCUUCUAAUUGGGGCAACGAUUUCAAGUUUUCCUCGCCUAUCCCUAGUGGCCCUGCUAAAAGUCCGAUGUCGAUCGGUUCGAGUUCGUUAAAGAGCCGAUCGUCUUCCUCGUCGUCGCCCAUGAAAAGCAAAGUGUCUCCAUCUGAGGCGUUACCCAAGUUGAACGAAGAUGCCCAAAUUGCUUGGGUGGCUGCUGAAAGUGUUCGAUCCGAGCAGGAAAGGCGGAGAAAAGCGGAAAUGCAGGAAAUCGCCGACCUGGAAAUGGCGAUCGCUCUCAGCAAGUCUGAAAUGAACAACCGGUCACCACCUUCGUCUGACAGAUUGAUAUGAAUACGUUGAAAUGUUGGCCACCAUUUUUUCUUCCUUCUUUUGAAUUCCACCACAUCCAAAUUCUCUUUAUAUAUAUAUAUAUCCUACAUGACCUCUCAAUAAUUUUUCGCGCUUCUGUCUACGGAGUUUUCCUUGUUUUAAAGGUCGUUUCAAAUGAGCAUUUUUUUGGCCUCCGAUGCAACAAAGUUUACGCAAAAAAAUCCAGCAAUACUUUGACCGCAAACAUUUUGUCAUUGAACCGUGUGCGGGAGUGAAUGAUAAGCAAAAAAUCCAAUGUGUUGAAUCAAUUCCCUUUCCUUCACCCCGAAUUCGUCAUAAUUCCAAGAAAGAAAAAGAAAAAGAUGCUUAUCCGCAA